AACGUUCGCCUUUAAAAAAAAGUCUCCCCUCUUUUCUUCCAAUCGGCACUUUUUUAGUGGGUGGGAUUAGGUCUGAGACAUACGUGUUCCGCCUUUUUCUUUUUUCUUUUUCCCCUCGGCCUUCUGCCAAUUGCUGAUCGGAGCCAAUCCUGAGUCAAGCGGGGAGGAAAGGUCGCUGCGCUCGGCUAGAGCUGAAAAAGCUGAGAAACGAAACUUAAAACCUUUCCCACCGCCUUCCUCUGCAGGGAGAGACCAUGGCGGACGAGAGCGCACUCCAGCAUCUCUGCGAUGAAACCACUUGUCCCAUCUGCCUGGAGUAUUUCAAAGACCCUGUGACCGUUGACUGCGGGCACAAUUUCUGCCAGGCCUGCCUCACCCAGUACUGGGGGAAACCUGGCCGAGAGGCCUCCUGCCCUCAGUGCAGGGUACCUUGCCCACAGAGGGACUUCAAGCCCAACCGCCAGCUGGCAAGUAUCGUGGAAAUCGCCAAGAAAUUCCGCCUCCAGAGGACCAGAGGGGCAGAAGCUCUGGGGAAGGUUUGCGAGAGACACCAGGAGCCCCUGAAACUCUUCUGUGAGGACGACCAGGCUCUGAUCUGCGUGGUGUGCGACAAAUCCAAAGAACACAGGGAGCACAAGGUGAUUCCCAAGGAGGAAGCCUUUGAGGAAUACAAGGAAAAAAUUGUGAGUCAGUUAGAAUUGGUGAACAAAGAGAGAGAACGCAUCCUCGUUUCAAAACUGAAUGUGGCGACAGAAGGCCAGGAUUUACUGAAACAGACAGAAAUAGAGAGAGAGAAAAUUGUGGCCGAAUUUAAGCAAUUACACCAGUUUCUGGAAGAGCAAGAAUGCCGUCUGCUGGCGAAACUGAAAGAUCUGGAUGAUGAGAUUAAAGCCACAAGAAAUCAACACAUAGCAGAGCUGUCGGAGAAAAUGUCCUCUAUGGAGAAUCUUGUCAAGGUGAUGGAGGAGAAACAGCAGCAACCAGCUGAUGAAUUCUUGCAGGAUAUCCAGAGUAUUUUACAAAGGUGUGAUGCAAACGAAUGGGUGAAAUCACCAGUUUUCUCUCCCGAAUUAAAAGAGCGACUUGAGAAGUUCUCCAAAAUACAUCCUUUCCUGAAACCUGUCAUUAAAACUUUCCAAGAUACUGUGCUGUCCAGAAUUCGAGAAAACGAAGAAUGUUUAACUGGAGAUAUGGCUGUUCCCAGACUAUUUCUGUCAUCAUUAUCAUGUCAAACACAAGGAAGACAGUCUUUUGGUUUUGGCAAUCAUUUGGGCCAGGGUUUCGGGUUUUCUGUUAGGGCUCCUAUCAUGGAAAUGUAUUAUUGUUGGUCCAGUACGAUGGGGACUGAGAGAAUCAACUCAGGAAGACAUUCCUGGGUGGUGGAUGUGGGACAGAGAAGAUACUGGACUGUGGGAGUAGCCAAACAGGAUUUAAGAGAACUGAACCAGAUCCAUUUAAGCCCUGAGAGAAGGGUCUGGGCCAUGGGGAAGUUGUCACUAAACAGUGAUCCAUACAGUGCUAAUGAUGACACAUACUGUGCAUUCCCUCCUCCUGGAAUACCUCUGGGGCAGUUCUGGAUACCCAGCAACUUCAAGAUCAACAACCCUUCUGUUUCACCGACAAGGAUCCGUGUAUCGCUUGACUAUGAACAAGGAUCGGUGACCUUUUCUGAUGCUGAUACACAUGACCUCAUCUAUACUUUCAACAACGCCUCAUUUGCCGGGGCAAAACUUUGCUCCUGGCUUAGUGUGGGACAGAUAUUAAAGUGGCAAUGCUCUUUGCCUCACCAGCUGACAAAGCCCACGCCCUUUGGAUUUUCUUGAACCAGAGACUGGUUGGGGGGGCAGGGUC